UACAGGUCCCUAUAAUACACGAGUACUGCAGUUUAUGUCUUUUAAAUGCUUACGCAUUAGACAAUAAUAAGCAGUAGGUACAUUAUGUGAUAAAAUACGAUACAUGACAUUCAUUUAUUAUCAUACACGUCAUUUUAUUGAAACAGAGUGGUCGUAACUCGUAAUAUUAAAUAUCAAAAGAUCAAUGGAAGUCUUUUAACAUCGAAUGCAGUGAAAAUUCUUACCAUUUAUAUAAUUUUUUUUUUAAUAUUUCGCAUAUUUUUUAAACAAUGUGCAAUUUAUUAAAUAUCUGUGAAAAACUGGGUUAUCUGAAAAAUGUCAUGUUCCGUAAUCCGACUUUGAUUUCGGCGCGAAAUUUUAGCGUCAAAUGUCAACACUAUGGCUUAAACGUAGACAAGCGGACUCUUGUAAGCACGGAAAGGAAACAACAAACAUUUUCGGAUAGAUCUCAGCUAAAGUAUGCAAGGAGACUUGUCGUCAAACUUGGUAGUGCUGUCAUUACAAGGGAAGACGGUAAUGGUCUGGCUUUAGGACGAUUAUCUUCAAUAAUCGAACAGGUAGCAGAAUGUCACCACGAGGGCCGAGAAUGUAUAAUGGUGACCAGCGGCGCCGUCGCCUUUGGAAGACAAAAGUUAACUCAAGAACUGCUCAUGUCCUUGUCUAUGAGGGAAACGCUCUCACCCAGUGAUCACACUCGUGAGGAUGCGGGAAGUAUCUUGGACCCUCGUGCCGCGGCAGCAGUUGGUCAGUCUGAGCUAAUGUCAAUGUAUGACGCGAUGUUCUCUCAAUACAAUGUUAAAAUUGCUCAGGUCCUAGUAACAAAACCAGACUUCUAUAACGAAGAAACUAGAAAAAAUUUAUUCUGCACACUGUCUGAGCUGAUAUCCUUGAACAUCGUUCCAAUAGUAAACACUAAUGACGCUGUUAGCCCCCCCAUGUACAUACACGAUGACACCGUUGUACCGGGAACUGGUAAAAAGGGUAUAGGUAUAAAAGACAAUGACAGUCUAUCAGCAUUGCUUGCGGCUGAGAUACAAUCAGAUCUACUCAUCAUGAUGUCUGAUGUUGAUGGUAUCUAUAACAAACCACCAUGGGAGGAUGGAGCUCGAAUGAUACAUACUUAUACUUCUAAGGAACGAGAUCAAGUGCAAUUUGGACAGAAGUCUAAGGUAGGUACAGGCGGUAUGGAUUCAAAGGUAAAUGCAGCGACAUGGGCGAUGGCGAGGGGGGUCAGUGUGGUCAUAUGCAAUGGAAUGCAGGAAAAAGCCAUCAAGACUAUCAUCAGUGGAAGGAAAGUUGGUACAUUCUUCACUGACUGCCCAACCGUUUCGACAACUUCCGUUGAUGUUAUGGCUGAAAAUGCCCGGUCAGGCAGUAGAACUUUACAGAAACUCACACCAGCGGAAAGAGCAUCAGCCAUUCAUUCAUUAGCAGAUCUUCUACUCGACAAAAAAGACUUAAUUUUAGAGGCAAAUGCAAAAGAUUUAGAGGAAGCGACGAAAAAUGGCCUUGAAACGCCAUUACUUAACAGAUUAUCACUGAGUCCAGGAAAGCUCAAAACUUUAUCUAUAGGUCUGAAACAAAUAGCCGAUUCUAGCUACGAAAAUGUUGGCAGGGUUUUGAGAAAGACCAAACUAGCCGAAAAUUUGAUACUUCAAGAAGUAACCGUACCUAUUGGAGUUCUGUUGGUUAUAUUUGAAUCUAGACCAGAUUCUUUACCACAAGUAGCUGCUUUAGCAAUGGCUUCGGCUAAUGGUUUACUAUUAAAAGGCGGGAAGGAAGCAGCCCAUUCUAACAAAACUCUAAUGGGAUUAGUCAAGGAAUCCUUACAAACAGUAGGAGCACAGGACGCUAUAGCAUUAGUAUCAACAAGGGAGGAAAUAAGCGAUUUAUUAUCAAUGGAAAAACACAUAGAUCUGAUAAUUCCCCGAGGGUCAUCAGAUUUAGUUAGGAGUAUACAAAAACAAUCUCAACACAUUCCAGUACUCGGUCACGCGGAGGGAGUGUGUCAUGUUUAUCUAGAUAAGGACGCAGAUCCAGUUAAAGCUUUGAAAAUAGUACGUGACGCGAAAUGUGACUAUCCAGCGGCUUGUAAUGCUAUGGAAACUUUAUUGAUUCAUGAAGAUCAUUUGACUGGAAACUUGUUCACGGAAGUUUGUAACAUGUUGAAAAAUGAAGGUGUUAAGAUACACGCGGGGCCAAGAUUGGCCUCUCAGUUAACAUUUGGUCCACCAGCGGCUAGGUCUAUGAGACACGAGUACGGAGAUCUCGAGUGUUGUAUAGAAAUUGUCAAGAAUUUGGACGAAGCUGUUGACCAUAUUCAUAAAUUUGGAAGCUCUCAUACAGAUGUUAUUGUAACGGAAGAUUAUAACACAGCGAAGCAGUUCCUAAACGCAGUGGACAGUGCAUGUGUCUUCCAUAACGUAUCAUCGCGGUUCGCGGAUGGGUUCCGGUUCGGGCUUGGAGCUGAAGUUGGAAUUUCUACUGCUAGGAUACAUGCCAGAGGCCCAGUGGGAGUGGAAGGUCUAUUGACCACUAAAUGGAUACUCGAAGGAACGGACCACACUGCGGCGGAAUUUAACGAGGGGAAACGAAACUGGGUACACGAAAAAUUACCAGUUAAUUGACUCAUUAGAUAUAUAAUUAAUAUUUUAUAUGACGCGCGUAGGUUCUUAAUAAAAUUAAUGUAAAACAUAUAUAAAUGUAUUUAAAAAUAUAUUUUCUCUUAGUCAAUACUUAAUAAGUAGAAAUAAAAUAGGGACCCUUUGUUACAACCGCAAUUGUACUAAAAUGUAUUAUAAUAUUACGUUAGACGUAUAAAAAAAUUUGGCGCCUUUAGUAAUAAUUGAGUAAUUUCCUUUUUUAAUAUCUAACAGUAGAGAAAAAAAAUUAAACUUUCGAAAAAAUAAAAUUAAUGUAAAUA